AUGAUGAUCACUCAUUGCUACAUCAGGUAUCUUCUCGAGCACGGCUUGCAGGCAGAUGGUCGUCCUGACCCUGAUGCCCAAAUCGGCGAUCCUGGAUCCUUCGAGACCUUCUUCACCGAGACCGCAAACAACAAACAUGUCCCGCGCUCCAUCUUCGUCGAUCUCGACCCCUCCCCAAUCGACGAGAUUCGAACUGGAAAAUAUAGACAACUAUUUCACCCCGAGCUUUUGAUUAGUGGCAAGGAGGACGCUGCAAACAACUACGCUCGAGGUCAUUACACCGUUGGUAAAGAGUUGGUCGACGAUGUCUUGGACAAAGUCCGACGUGUUGCAGAUAACUGCUCGUCCCUGCAAGGUUUCCUGAUCUUCCACUCUUUCGGAGGUGGUACUGGCUCUGGCUUCGGUGCUCUGCUCCUCGAACGCCUCUCCGUCGAUUAUGGCAAGAAGUGCAAGUUGGAGUUUGCCGUGUACCCUGCACCACAAGUCUCAUCAUCGGUUGUUGAACCCUACAACGCCGUUCUUUCCACCCACAGCACCAUCGAGCAUGCCGACUGCACAUUCUUGGUCGACAACGAGGCUGUCUACGACAUCUGCCGCCGCAACCUCGACAUUCCGAGACCAGAUUACGAACACCUUAACCGUCUCAUUGCUCAAGUCGUCUCUUCUGUCACAUCCAGCUUACGUUUUGAUGGUGCCUUGAACGUCGACUUGAACGAAUUCCAGACCAACUUGGUGCCUUACCCUCGCAUUCACUAUCCACUCAUCAGUUACGCCCCCGUCGUCUCAACCAAGCGUUCUUCGCAUGAGAGUUUCAAGGUGCAAGACUUGACUCUGCAGUGCUUCGAGCCAAGCAACCAGAUGGUCGUCUGUGAUCCUCGCAACGGCAAAUACAUGGCUGUUGCCCUCCUCUACCGUGGUGAUGUCGUUCCUCGCGAUACCAACGCAGCUAUUGCGUCUCUCAAAGCCAAGUCCAGCUUCCAUCUGGUCGAUUGGUGCCCUACCGGCUUCAAGGUCGGCAUCAACUAUCAGCCACCCAUGCCCGUUCCUGGAGGCGAAUUGGCCAAGGUUGACCGCUCUGUCAGCAUGCUCUCCAACACCACCGCCAUUGCCGAAGCCUGGAGCCGACUUGACCACAAGUUCGAUCUCAUGUACUCGAAGCGUGCCUUCGUUCACUGGUACGUUGGAGAAGGAAUGGAAGAGGGUGAGUUCUCCGAGGCCAGAGAAGAUCUUGCAGCUCUGGAGAAGGACUACGAAGAGGUUGCUAGCGACAGCCUGCAGGAUGAGGAUGAUGGUGGCGCCGAAUACUAA